CCAAACCCCCGCCUAACCCACUAAAGCCCUUGCGAAUUUUCCCUUUUAAAAUCAUUUUCCCCUCCAUCCCGCCAGACUUUGACGCACUGCACACAGAGGCACGCCCAUCUUUUGCCUCCUUCACCUCUCUUUCUUUUGCGCUUCCUGCAAAUUCACGUUUGCGCGCAACAAAACUCCCUAUUGCAAACAAUCAAACACAUACACAAGCAACCUCUGAGACGAAAACCAAGCAAAACUCACCACUUUUGCACACGACAUUCACCAUGGCGAGCGUCGAUGUUGCUGCCCUCGGCGCCGUUCCUGCAAAUGGAGGGGCAACGGCGGCUUCCCACCCCUACACCUGCAACACCUGCUCUGUUGCCUACCGAAACAUCGAUCUUCAGCGAGGCCAUAUGAAGAGCGACUGGCACCGAUACAACCUCAAGCGCAGAGUCGCCUCCCUCCCUCCUAUUGCCUCUGAGGUCUUCAACGAAAAGGUCCUCCAGGCUCGCGCCGUUCAGACCGCCGAGGCAGAGAAGGCCCUCUUCGAACGCUCCUGCGACGCCUGCCAGAAGUCGUACUCGAGCGAGAACGCCUACCAGAACCACUUGACGAGCCAGAAGCACAAGGUCCGUGUCGCUGCUAUUGCUAGACGCAAGGGCGGUGUUGCCGAUGAUGCCAGCUCCGUCAUGAGCUCCACCUUCUCUCUUGGCGAGCCCAUCGCCGUCGACAAGGAGAGCGAGUUGGAUUCCGAGGCCGAGGAGGAGUUCACUCAGGUCGUCGAGGGCCUCAAGAAGACCAACAUUCACGAGUCCCACGGCGAGCGCCCCUCACCCGUCAAGCGCCCCUCCAACCCCCACCUCUCUGCUCAAGGUCAGCGUGAAGACGUUAACAUGAACCGCGACUCCGAAUCUGCAACCCCCGUGCAGUCAAAGCCAGAGAUCGCUUGGACCAUCAAGUCCUGUUUGUUCUGCAACUACGAGUCGCCCAGCGUCUCCCUCAACGCCAACCACAUGGAGCGAUUCCACGAUAUGUUCAUUCCCGAGAAGCAGUAUCUUGUUGACCUGGAUGGCCUGCUUCAGCAUUUGCAGGAGCGCGUCCAUGAUGGUCACCAGUGCCUGUACUGCUUCAAGACCAAGAAGACGGCCUUUGCUGUGCAGACUCACAUGCGCGACAAGGGCCACUGCAAGAUUCCCUACGAUACGGAGGAAGUUCAGCUCGACAUUGGUGAUUUCUACGACUUCCGAAGCACCUACUCUGAUGGCGAGGACUCGGACGAGGAGGAGGAAGAGGCUGAUGAGAACGGUGGAGCCAAGUUGGGUCUGAAGCGCCCGACCAAGUUGGUUGGAGAGGACGGCGAGGAGGUUGAGGAGGGUGGUGAUGAUGGCUGGGAGACGGACAGCUCGGCCUCUUCGCUUGACUCGGAUGAGCUGACGGCCUUCACCGCGGAUGGCAAGUAUGAGCAGUUCGAGCGCCUCGACAAGCACCCUCAUCACUCUACCAACGAUCCGCGUGCCCGCCACCAGGCCGACGGCUGGCACUCACACGCCCACAAGCACACUCGUGCUGUCUUCUACGACGAGUACGAGCUGCACUUGCCCUCUGGCAAGGCAGUCGGUCACCGCUCUCACAACCGAUACUUCAGACAGAACCUUCACAACUACCCUACCGAGGAGGAGCGCGCCGAGCGUUUGGCCAUUGAGGCUGGCUCUGGCUCGGGCGAUGAGAUGGACGUUGAUGGUAGAGAGGUCGCCACCACCGGCGACCGCAAGACUCGCAACCGUGCUAUCGCUCGCAGAGAUGCUGCUGGCAUGGCUGGUGCCUCUGACAAGCAGAAGCGCGUUGUUAGACAGGAAGAGGUCAGAGGCCGGAGCACCGCCACGCGUCACCAGAAGCGCUACGACUACGGAGUCAGCGAGAAGUUGAACAACCAGAAGAACUUCUACUACCGCUACCAGGCCGGUGGUUGAUCAACUCGCCAAUCGAUUCUGGAUGAACAAGGCGUUGGACGGAUUGAUUUUGUAUUUCGCUAAAUUACAUUGAACCUUCAAAGGAAUUGGCAUGCAUGAUGAGCUUUGAUGAACCAUGCAUAGGGAAGGUAGAACUAAAAUAGAGGCUAUUACCGCCAUAAGAUCGCAGAG